UCCCAUCCCUGACACCGUGAGACCACGACAGCUGUCCGGAUAUAUCAAAAGUUAGAUAAACAAUUGUUUGGCAGGCAACAUUUGACUUCUUGGCCAUAUCCAGCAUCAUGUUCUUGUUCGGCGUCCUUCUCCUCGCAGCGUCGGCCUACGGGCAGGGCACAAUACAGCACUGCAUCCACUCCAACGCUGAGAAGCUGACUGCAGACAACGUCAUCGAAAUGGUCAUGGUCGACAUGGACACCAACAAAGACCGCUACAUCUCCGACCUGGAGCUGCUGAUCGAGUUUGUCGGAAGGUUCGACACCAACGGUGACAGCAUGAUCACGCGCGAGGAGUUCCUCCCCAAGUGGCACGAAUAUUACAAGGACGUCCCUGAAUUUGCCAGCUACCUCUUCGAUCACUUCGACCGCACCAACGACGGUUUCCUGGGACUGUACGACGUGCCCGGUCUCAAGGCCCAGGUGGAUCUGGACACUGAUGGCCGGGUAUCUGAGGUGGAGUUCACCAUCUUCAUGACGCAUCUGUACCAAGAUUGUGUCCCUCACUCACACAAGGACCCAACUGCCUGAUUCUGCUUCGGACAACAUCAAUGAAGAAAAUAAAUCAUACUAUUGUUAA